UUUUCGGAAAGCGAAAGUAAAAGAACGCAUUCCUCGUCAUUGCGCAUGCGCAAAUUUACCUUCGAAGAGGAAGUAGAAACAAGCUUCUUCUAGCAACGAGACGCUUGCGAGUACGAGCAGUCCACUCUUGCAGUGGUAGACUAGGUUGUCAAAUGUAGUGGAUUGUUGAGGCGCCUUUAAAUUCGUGAUAUAUUUUGCGGAGGUCGAUUUCAUAUCAUCUGGUCAUAGUUGUUGUACCUAAGCAACAUGAGUGACUUUAAAGUCAAGAGCUACAUAGAGCAGAUGACAAUAAAUGUUGUAAAGUACCUUGAGAACAAGACUGGAGUAUGUCAGGUUAAGAAUGAAAUCAAAUCUCCAGCUGAGAAGCCUGCAGUGUUAAUGUGGGAGCAAAAAAACUCACUGUUGCUGCCUGAAGAUCUGAAAAGUUUUUUCCUUACAAGUAAUGGAUUUCACCUCACAUGGAGUGUCAAAAUGGAAAACUUGACUAUUCCUGUGGGAUCAAUGCACGUAAACAGUGUGGGGAUGUUGUUGAAGCUUGACGGUGGGGUGCGAGAGGGAACGCACGUUCAGCCCUCUCUCUGGGACCUUGACAUGGAUGAGGAUCUCAGCGGAGGAAGAAAGCCACCCAGUUUUUGUGACAGCAGAAUCUUCGAACUGGAUCCUUGUGAUGGGCAUGGCAAAGUUUGUCUUGUCUACAAUGAGACCAGCCAAGGUGGCUCAGGCUCUGAGAGCGACAGUGGAGACAGUGAUUCUGAUUUUCACUUUCCUCAUGCGUCUGAGUUUGUGACAGAGAUCUGGUUCUUGGAUAGGUCCUUACAUUGGCAUUACAUGUGCGACUCUUUCCUGGCCUACUACAGACUCAUGCUGAUGCAUCUGGGGUUGCCACAGUGGCAGUUUGCCUUUUCAGACAUUGGCCUUCCUCCACAGUCCAAGCAAUGGUUCAACAUGUUUGCCCCGAUCCGACUGGAAGUGGACGAGGAGGGUACAGUUGACCACAGCCUUCACACUGACCAUGUGGUCAAAGUCGCCUCCUCUCCCCUGGAUCUCAACAAGAUCUUCAAGGGGAAAAGUGACCGCAAAAAAGUCCAAGGUGCUCAGGCCCAGCCCACAGCCUCUUCCUCUGCCACAGCCGCCAACGCCAAGAGAAAACCGCCAGUCUCCUCCGCAAG